GCUGACGCGGAAGCAACAUCUUCCAGACUAGCGCCGACAUUUUUUGCUGUGCAGAAAGAUAGAUAUUUAUCUCUCAAAAUGCCGGCAUACCACUCUGGGUUGAUGGAUGGUGACACCAAGAUGGUGGGAAACAUGGCAAUGCUACCAUUAAAAACCCAGUUCAAGGGUCCUGCAGCGAAAGAGACCAAAGAUACAGACAUCAUUGAUGAGGCCAUAUACUAUUUCAAAGCCAAUGUCUUCUUUAAGAAUUAUGAAAUCAAGAAUGAGGCAGACAGGACCCUGAUCUAUGUCACCCUGUACAUUUCCGAAUGCCUGAAGAAGUUACAGAAGUGCAGCUCCAGGGGACAGGGAGAGAAGGAGAUGUACACUCUUGGCAUCACUAACUUUCCCAUUCCUGGAGAACCUGGAUUUCCCCUCAAUGCCAUGUAUGCAAAGCCUAGCAACAAGCAGGAGGAGGAGACCAUGCGAUCAUACCUGCAGCAGAUCCGUCAAGAGACAGGGCUGAGGCUGUGUGACCGUGUAUUUGACCCCCAAACUGAUAAACCCAGCAAGUGGUGGGUGUGCUUUGUCAAGAAACAGUUCAUGAACAAAAGCCUGUCAGCUCCUGGACAGUGAACAGUUUAGGACUACCGGAGAUUAUUCUAAAGUACUGCAAGGCAGAUGUAUUAUUAUUUUUUGUGCCUCCACUUUCUUGUGGCUAAGAGGAUUUUAUACUGAAUAAGAGUACAUUGACAUGCUAUUGUAGGGUGGUUUCAAUGAUCAUGUAAGCUGGUGCAUAAUGUAUUAAAACAACAAAAUGUCUAAU